AUUGUUAUUUCAUGUUGAUGUCCUUACAGUGAUCACUAUUCUGAAUGAUCAUCUCUCAUAGUAUUGAAUUUACCCUUGGAACCAAAAUUUUCCAUACCUGAAGCUGCACAAAUCACCACUUCUGGUUUAUUCCCAGUGGUGGAGUGUUUGCCACUUAUGUGGGUAAUACUAACAGCACUCCUGACGGGCAGCUGCUUGCACAAAGCACAUGAAUCUGUCCUCAAUUACCCACGUAGAACACCAGUAUUUCAAGACCACCUCAGACAGCAUACGCCCUAAUGGCUUGCUAUUCACCUACUUUCAAAGCCCAGUAAGAGAUGAAGGAUUUACAAAAGUUUUCAAUGGAAAUGAUCUCCACUGAAAACCCUAGUCAUAUAAAAUGUUGUUGGCUCCUUUUCUAUGGAACCACAACUUUUCCAAGAACACAGAGCAAGCACCAAGGAAACAGGAUUAAAAAUCAGGUGGUUUGGUGCCAUAAUUUGGAUCAUGAAUGUCUCCUGAAGGCCCAUAUUAAAAACUUGGGUGUCGUCAGGAGGUGGUGGAGCCUUUAGGAGGAGACCGCUGUGAUGCUGAAUAUCAUGUGUGGCCCGUGGGUAGCAUGGUUCUCAGUGCUGCUGCUCUUUCUCACAGUCGCUCAGCCAGUCCUCAAGCCAGCAGCUCCUCCAGUAAUCAAGAACCAGCCUUUCCACAUUUUCUGGGCUGCCCCGACAAUGCACUGUAAGAAAUCCUUCAAAGUAGGUAUGAAUCUUGAAGUAUUUAACAUUAUGACAAAUCCUUUAGAGACUCAGAGUGGAUCAACGAUCGCCAUCUUUUAUCCAGAUGAAUUGGGAUAUUACCCUUACAUUUCUCAAGAUGGAAAGUCAUUCAAUGGUGGAAUACCGCAGAGUGUGAACCUUUCUACUCACCUUACGAAAACUACUGCUGAUAUUACAAGAACUCUCCCUUGGUGGCAAUCGGAAGGACUUGUUAUUAUUGACUGGGAGAAUUGGAAACCCCAGUGGGUCAGAAACUGGGGCAACAGAAUGAUAUAUAAAAACCACUCCUUAGCCUUCACAAGAUACCACCAUCCUGACUGGUUGGAAACAAAAGUGAAAACAGUUGCCCAAGAAGAAUUUGAAAAUGCUGGAAGGAAUUUCAUGAAUGUCACACUCACACUGGCUUUAGAAAUGAGACCAAAAUACUUAUGGGGCUUUUAUCUCUAUCCAGAUUGCUAUAAUUAUGAUUAUAGAAUAAAUCCAGUGUUUUACACAGGUAAUUGCCCAAAUGAAGAAGUUUUCCUCAAUGAUCAACUCUUAUGGCUGUGGAAAAAAAGCACGGCACUUUAUCCUUCAAUAUAUUUGGAUAAAAUAUUGAAGUCAAGUUUAAAUGCACUGAAAUUUGUUCAUUAUCGAGUUAGAGAAGCCAUGAGAAUUGCUGAAAUGGCUAGACCUGACUAUGUUUUACCGGUUUUUAUUUUUUCCAGGCCAUUUUAUUUGAAUAGUAUUGAAACUCUGUCAGAGGAGGACUUUGUGCACACCAUUGGUGAAAGUGCUGCAUUAGGGGCAGCAGGAAUGAUAUUGUGGGGAGAAUACGAAUAUAUUUCAUCAAAGGAGGCCUGCUUAUCUGUGCAACAGUCUAUUCAAAGAGCAUUGGGUCCCUAUGCUGUUAACGUGACAUCUGCAGCCAAGCUCUGCAGUCAGAGUCUAUGUGGCAACCAUGGAAGAUGUGUUGGAAAAACACCUGCAUCCCCCUUUUAUUUACAUAUGCCUGAAAGUGGCAGUAAAAAAUAUACCUCAAACAAGAGCUUCAGGUUUGUCAUUUCUGAAAAAAGUAAACUGAAGACUGUAAUGCACAUGAAGGAUGGAUUUGUGUGUCACUGCUAUUAUGGAUGGCACGGAGAGACUUGUCACCAUUACUCUUCAGACCUCUUGGGUUGGACGAACAAGGCUCCUACUGCUAACUUUAAUUUACCAGUUUUUCUUGACAUUAUUCUAUCUGUGAUUCUGCUGAAUAUUUUUUUUAUUCCAUACUAUAAGGUUAAUUUUUCCUUGAAAUACUGAAGAGUGGAAAAUGUCGACUUUAAC